AUGCUGAACCGCACUUUCCAUGAGUGGGUGUUUAUUCGUACCUGGAUAAUACUUAUGCGCUACCCAAUUGUCCCCUACACAUCAAUUCUCACAGCUUGUUACCUUGGCGCCAACUACAGCCAGUCACCGGCGCGAUGGAUAACAACCGCUCAAGUUAUUGUCGGCAUGAUGCUGAUUGAGGUGCUAUACAUCUUUUUCAUCUGGAUGCCAUACACGCGGCGUCUUAAAGAGCCUGCCAAACACCCGCCGCCGUCGUCGCCGACAGAGCGCCGAGCUCUGUUUGAACGAUGUAUGGGCACAGUCCCAGAUUACGAAUACUAUCUUCGCAUGUGGUUUUUAGGCGCUGAGCCAUCUGAAAUACGCCACGACAAUAUGCGCGAAUUCCUGCUUUGGGCCUUUUUUGACGUUGAAGAGGGAAGCGACAAUAAGCUGAGCCCCGUGGAGAACUACGACGUCGAGGUGGACGAAUACAUUGCCUAUAUCGAAAAAGGCUUGGGCAGGGCGAUCGAGCCGGGGCGGGGCCGUGCCAAGUGCUUGCGGCUCACCAUCGACUCCAUCGAGCCGGCAUUCCGCACCGUCUGGUGGUACGCGACUAUGGCCCUCCUAGACCACGCCACUCACGUCCUUCUCCUUCUCAACGGUUUUGAGUACUACGCGCAGCCACGAGAGAAGGCCAUAUUCCCGCCACGGCUACAACAGAUGUUUGCCAGUCGCCGUACCUCGGCCGGGAACUUAAGUUACUGGCACCGUCCUCAUCGUUCAGAGGGGCUACCUGUCGUCUUCCUCCACGGUAUCGGCAUUGGCUUGUGGCCGUAUAUCGAUUUCCUCGCCGGGAUCAGUGGUGCAAAGGGCAAGGGUCAGACUGGCGUCAUUGCUCUCGAGAUUCUGCCCGUUUGCUUCCGGCUGACAGAACCGCCGCUUGGGAAGGAGGUGUUCCUGGAACAGUUCAAGAAGAUACUGGACCGUCACAUGUGGGACAAGUUUGCCCUUGUGUCUCACUCGUACGGUUCCAUCUUGUCGACCCACGCCAUGCGAUGCCCAGAAUUACAAGCGAGGAUGUCACGGGCGGUGCUCAUUGACCCCGUCAGCAUACUGCUCCAUCUGCCUGACGUCGCUUACAACUUCACGCGUCGACAACCAACAACUGCCAACGAAUGGCAACUGUGGUAUUUCGCUAGCACGGAUCCCGGAGUUGCGCAUUGCCUUGGCAGAUACUUCUUUUGGAGGGAGAAUGCCAUCUGGGCAGACGAACUGGUCGGUCGCACUGCAGAAUCGGGGCGUGCGUGCGAUGACCGGAAGGAAGCGAGGCAGGUUACUGUAUGUUUAUCAGGGCUGGACCUGAUAGUCGAUAGCCAUGCUGUAGCCAAGUAUUUGGCCGGGGAAGACCGGGCGCAUCACCCCGCAUGGUUGCAGGGCGAACAUGGCCAGAGUAACGUUGCCGACCCAAAGACAGGACCCAUGCCAGACGGGGAUUUCGAGCAUCACCGCUCCGCCGGGUUAGGCAUCAACAUCCUCUGGUUUCCGAACAAGGACCAUGCGCAGGUGUUCGAUUCCCCGCGGGGUAAAGCGCGGAUCACGGCCGCUAUAAGAGGCGAAUCUUAA